AUGGAGAAACAAACACUAGCCACCCCUUCGAAUGACGAUUACGAGAAUGCCGCCUUCCUCAACUCAUCAUAUCUCAAAGAAUCCGAUACUACACGGCGGCGAAACUAUGUGUAUCUUACACUGUUUAAUCUCUUCAUCUUCACACUCUCAAUGCUGAGUCUAAUAUGCGCCGUCAUGAGCCAGAAGGACAGCUCAGGGCACGCGGCAGCAAAACUCAUGGAUCAAUUCGACAUCUUCUCACCAGCCAUGCACGAAGUUGAAUACUCACACGUAAAAUACUCGUUACCCAAGCCCUUGAACUCUUCCAAAUACGUAGGCACUACAGAAGAAGUCGAGAAAGCAUGGAUGGACAUCGCGUACCUCCCAGACCAGAUGGUCUCCAAGUCCGACUUCCCGAAGCUAAACAAACCAGACGACGCAAUGCAGGUUACUGAUCCAACCACGGGCGAAACCGGCUACCGUGUCGGCGUCGAAGCCUUCCACCAGCUGCACUGUCUCAACCUCCUGCGCAUGAGCACAUAUCCCGACCAUUACAAGUCCAUCUCGUGGUCCGACACCAACGAUGUGCCUGAGAAGGUGCGCGAGCACUUGGACCACUGCAUUGAGAUUUUGAGGAUCAAUCUCAUGUGCUUGAGCGAUGUGAAUGUAUUUACCUUCCAUCCGACGAGCGAGCCGGACAAACAGGGUAUGGGCGGCUAUUGGCCGGACUAUGAGAGCGAGCAUGUGUGCAGAAAUUUCGACCACAUCAAGGAUUGGGCUAGGGCGAACGCUGUGCCAGAUGCGGAUGUGUAG